AUGGCCAUUGAGAUUUCAAGCACUUUCAAUGUUGUUGACCUGUAUGCAUUCUAUGAAGAUGAUCCACUCUAUCCUGAAGAUAACUCGGGUUUGAGUUAUUCCGAAGUGGAAGAGAUUGAUGUAGAACAUAUGGCCAAGUUGAUCGAGGAACAGUUGGACAGGCACGCACGUCAUCGCGCCAGCAAAGCCCAAUCUAUGCAAGUAUGGGCUCCGAGCUCAGAAUCGGGCUCAUAA